AUGGUUUUAAGUCGCGUAGUGUUAAUGAUAUUAAGUGCAAAUGUCUAUCAUACUUUCAUUGUUAUAGAGAUAUUGUUGAACAGAUCUAUCGCGUGGUACCCUAAACGACUAACAAAGACAAUCAAUGCGAUUCAUUCUUAUUUACUUAUUGGUGCGUUUGUCUUCUUAACACAUUUAUCGAUACAGACGAUCAUGAUGAACGCUUUCAUGCAAUGGUUUCUACGAUUCCUAGUCUCAUUGCUAGCGAUUAUAGUCUAUCCUAUAACGUACUUGAUAAACCUGAGAAGAAACAGAAAAUGUCCGCCACCUACGAAUCCUAUACUUUUCAAAUCAGCAACUACGCUGGCUAUGAUGAUACGUAAUAAACAGAUAACUUCAGAAGAAGUUGUAACAGCCUAUAUAGAGCGAUGCAAGGAGGUGAAUCCUUACCUAAACGCGAUUGUGGAACCACGGUAUGAUAUAGCAAUCAGGGAAGCCAAAUCAAUAGAUAAAAUGAUUUGCUCGAAUGACCGAUCGAAUGAAACCCUGGAAAAGGAGUUCCCUUUACUAGGUGUUCCUCUAACUGUUAAGGAAAGCAUCGCUGUGGAAGGAAUGAGUAAUGACUCUGGUACCGUUUACCACUAUCGAAAACCGGCUACAAAAGAUGCCGAGAUUGUUCGUCUAGCGAAAGCGGCUGGUGCUAUACCCAUAGCUGUCACUAACGCCCCGCAGCUCUGCAUGAACUGGGAAACGUACAACAACGUAACAGGUCUUACAAUGAAUCCAUACGACCAAAAACGGACAGCAGGUGGCUCUUCAGGUGGUGAGUCGGUGCUCAUAGCAGCAGCUGCUUCAGUUAUUGGAGUGGGCUCAGAUAUAGCUGGCUCUUUACGACUGCCACCAAUGUUCAAUGGCAUUUUCGGACAUAAACCUACACCUAGACUUCUAUCUUCUGAAGGCCACGUUCCCGACUGUCUAGAUCCCGAUUUCGAUGAAUUCUUUACACUCGGACCCAUAACACGGUAUGCUGAAGAUUUGACCUUAUUAUUAAAAGUAUUAAGAAAACCUCAUGGCCCUGAAGUACCAUUAGAAAAGCCAGUAGACCUUACACGUCUGAAAUUCUACUAUAUGGACGGCGAUGGUGGCUAUGUUUUAAAUAAAAUAGGACCUGAUGUUAGAAAGGCAAUGGAUAAAGCUAAAGCCCAUAUUAAUUCAACUUACAAUUUAGACGUUCAAAAGCUACAUAUUAAAAAUAUACACCACAUGUGGGAGAUAAGUGUACGAGUACUAUUUAAAAUAAAACACGUUCAAAACAUAUAUACAGACCCCAAAGAACGAGAAAACCUCAUAUCAAUGUGGCCAGAGGUCCUGAAAAAACUUUUUGGAAUGUCUAAUCAUAACUUGACGUGUGUGGCUUAUGGACCAGUCAAGAAGUUCUUUGAUAGUCUACCUGAGGGCUAUUACAAUAAGCUAGUUAAGACAUUGGAUGAAAUUAAAAGGGACAUUUAUAGAGCGCUUUCGGAUAAUGCAGUUUUAUUCUUCCCGACAUACCCGGAUCCAGCGCACUUGCAUUACAGAGUGUUUUACAAAUUUUUAGACUGCGGAUACCUGACGAUAUUCAAUGCGUUAGGACUGCCGUCGACUAAUUGUCCACUAGGUCUAACAGACAAAGGUCUUCCAGUCGGAAUGCAAAUCGUUGCAAAUAGAUGUAAUGAUCACCUAACAAUUGCUGUUGCUAAAGAAUUUGAAAAAGCAUUUGGAGGUUGGGUUCCUCCUAAUAAAGAAAGUUUUGAUGGAGUAAAAACAGCAUAA